AUGAAAGAGCACUUGUACGAUGGACCAGGGACGUUCGACAAAGAUCCUGACGAGGAAGGGUUUUUCGUGCUCAUCCAGGGCUUUCACGACAUCCACUGUCUGAAUGAAUUACGAAAGGCGUUGUAUUUCAACAAGCCUUACUACAAGCAAUACGAGGACGACACGAAGGUCACUGAGCCAAACCGGCGAAGCCAUAUCAAUCAUUGCCUUGACAAUGUCCGCGAAAGAUUGAUGUGCACGGCGGAUAUCGGCCUGAUUCCCUCUGUCUACACUGGUCCUCAUUCGGAAGCGAUCAAAUUCGCCAACCAGCACAAAUGUCACAACUACAAUGCUUUGCUUGAAUGGAAACAGCAAUGGGAGGCCAAACACCCGGCGUUUGUGCAUGCAGGCAGCAAGCACGAGCUUCUGCCUGUUCGGCCUCCUCCUGACGCGAUUUUCCACGAUCCGAGUACAUUGAGCUAG